UUCUGAACGAUCACACUACAGCUGUUUGCAUAGAAUUGCAUAAUGUGAUUGUAUUAGUGACGAUGUCUUUACACGCGCAGCUUCCUGCCCUGCUAAAUUGAAAAUAAUUUCAAAUGUAAACAUAAACAAAACACCGCAAAAAUUGUAAAAUUUGACAAAUUCUUUGAAAAGUAAAGAAAUUUGGACGUCUAAAAUGGACGAAGAGAUGACAAAGUGUAGGUUGUGCAACUAUCAAUCGGAUAGGAGGCUUAUGUUGGGUGUUUUUGAUGAAAGUACAGAAUACUUUGUAAAAAUUGAGAAUUAUUUGAAUAUUAAGAUCCCAAACACAUCCCACCACCACAUCUGCUUCCACUGCUCACAAACCAUCGACAACUUUCACAAUUUUGCCACAAAAAUCCAAGCAAUUCAGAAGAUAAUUUAUCCAGAUGAGCAGCAAGAUGAGCAGCCACAAGAAGUUGAGCAAAUGUUUGAAAUUCAAGUCUAUCAAGAGCCACCUGAUGUGAUUGAGGAACCGCCAAGAAUAAUAAAUCUUGAAACACCUCAAAAUACAUCACAAAAGGUCUUCAUGUCAACAGUUCGAACUCGAUCGCAUGUAAAAGAUAAAAUUGGAAUUUCUGAGACGACUUUUGAGGAACUUAGGAGGAAUAUUGAUGGACAGGAUUCAAUGCUUAUUUCCAAAGAUGAUGCAUUGAGUGACCAGCAAUCUCAUAGGUCCUUUGAUUUUGAGGAGAAUGAAGAGAACUUUGAAGUAUCUGAUGGCGAAAUUUAUGAAAAUGAUGAGGAAUAUAAAGCAUUAAGAGAUCCAGAAGAUGAAGACUUUCCAUCAGCUGAAGCACUCAAAAGAAUCCCUACAAAACUCAUUGACAAUGGCUCAUUAAUCUACAAAAGUAAGCGACUCAUCCGAAUGGUCUCAACAUUCUACAACACAUCCUGUAAAAUCUGUAAAAAUAAAAGAUUUCGAUCAAUUCACAAUUUGUUCAGUCAUUAUCGAACAUCACAUCCAGAACGAGAGCCUUACGUGACUUGCUGCUCUAUGGAACUGAACAAAAUGACAAAAAUAAUAUGGCACUUUGUGAAGCACAUUCAGCCAGAAGCUUUUAAAUGUAAAAUAUGUGAUUAUGUUGUGUCGAGGCCCAAGUUCCUGGAAAUUCAUCAAAAUACUCAUCUCCCUGAUAGUGAGAAGCCAUUGGAAUGCGAUUUAUGCAGCAAACGAUUCAUUUGGAAGAACGCCCUCAAAAAUCACCUCAUGAAGCACCAGACUGAAAGGAAAGUGCACACAUGUAGCAUAUGCAACAAAAACUACCAAACUGCUGGAUCUCUAUCAUCUCAUAAGAAAUUCGCUCAUCAUUCAGACAGCAACAAGACUAGAAAGUUAUGUGAAAUCUGCAGCAAGUCAUUCUCAACAUUAACUUCAUAUAAAGAACAUCUGACACUACACAGUGAGGAUCGAGAUAAGUUCCAACUUAAGUGUUCAGAAUGUGGAAAAUGGCUGAAAAAUAAGAGAUGUUUGAAGUCACAUCUGAUGCUGCAUACAAAUGUGGAUAUGAGAUGUGACAUCUGUGAUUAUGUGACGAAGAAGGAGUCACUGCUGAAGAACCACAUGAUGACUAAGCACAGCGAUGUUAAGACAUUCAUUUGUGAUCAUCCUGACUGUGGCAAGUCCUUUAAAGUCAAAAGAGCUUUGUCUAUUCAUAAAUCUCAGAAUCACGGCGGUAAAGCUACAGUUAAAAAGUGUGAAUUUUGUCAAAGAGAGUUUGCAAGUUCCACAAACUAUUACACACAUCGGAAGAACCUUCAUGCUAAGGAGCUGCAAGAGAUUCUUGAACGGAAAGUUGAGGAAGAGAAAAUAAAGAGAAUAAAGGCUGGAUUAGAACCCUUAGAGUCUAGUAGACCAAAAAUUCAUAUGAUUGAGCAGACCAUAUUCAAUUCUAAGGAUGACACAAUAAUUAUAACUUUACCUGCUGAUGCGUUUAAUACGUAAUGGGGUUUAAAGGAACAAGCGGGUGUAGCUAGUGAAUUUAAAUAAAA